AUGAUUGGUUUCACUUUGGACAGCGUAUUCAUAUGUCGUUUUAAUCACCAAAACGUGUUUUGUAUCAUUCCCUCUGUUUGUCAGGAUUUAUCUGUUGCUCUGUACAAGCAUUUAUUGCAAGAGGAGGCCUCUGGAUGUGUCUUUCCUAAAAGAAAACUGUAUUUGCUUGGAUUUGACCUGGACCCAGAUUUAAUUAAUCGGGCACAAAACUCCAACCCCUUUCCCCAGAAUAUCCAGUUUAUCCCCCUGGAUCUCACAGAUGAUGCAAAGAGCCAGGCAGUGCUAGAGUCCUAUUUGGGAAGUUUUGGCUGCCCCCGUUUCCACCUGUGCACCUGUUUUGCGGUGACUAUGUGGGUGCAUCUGAAUCACGGAGAUGCAGCGUUUCUGUCUCUUCUCUCCAGACUGGCGUCUCUCUGUGAGUAUCUGCUGCUGGAGGCCCAGCCAUGGAAGUGUUACCGCUCUGCUGCACGCCGGUUACGCAAACUGGGGCGCAGUGACUUUGACCACUUCAAGACCCUUGAGAUUCGAGGAGACAUGGCAGCGCAUGCUAGAGAGCAUUUGGAAAAACAGUGCAGCAUGGAGCUGAUGCAGAGUUUCGGUAAUACAACAUGGGACAGAAGUCUUCUGCUCUUCAGAAGACGGUGAUAAAGAGCAACACAGUCGGGCAGAAGAUUAAUCCGUUAAAAUCAGUCCACAGUCACUUGUGCAUAUGCUGACUAUGGAUUGGCAUUAGACUCUAAUCCUAAUCUGAUAGACUGUAAUUCUGUUUACCAACCACAAGGGGGCACUAGGGAUGUUUGCUUUUGCCAUGAGUUCGAUAGGAGCGGAGUAUCUGAUGAACGUGUGCAAGACACGUUUUUGUAGCCUUUUGUUAGUAUUAUUAUUCCUAAGAAUAUGUCCUCGGGCUUUUCUUUAUAAUUUCCAAAUGAUUGUUUUCGUAUUAAAACGCAUUUUAACAAGUUUGGGUUAAUUCAUUAAGUUACUUUAAUAGCAACU